AUGCCUCCAACCCUCUCCAGCAUCCUGGAGGCAACCUCCAUUAUCAUUGACCAAUCCAAUGCAGCACUCUCAACCCCGUUAUGUCCUCCCGCCAACACUAACAGCAGCAAUUCCGCCCAACUGUCUCUCCCCCUCCUCUCCACCUCAGCGGCCUCCCUCAAAGCUCAAACAACAAAACUCUCUCUCCUAUCUGUAAACAUCCCCUUCACGCCCUCAGCGCUCAUUACCGUCCUCUCAGUUGUAAACGAAUCCAUACUCCCUUCCCUCGUCACCGCUGCCCUUCUCACGAUACCAGCGGAAUCCACGCAGGCGUUUCAUAAUGAGGCAAAAUUGCUUGUUAAAGAUAUAUUGAGGGAGUUUGGGGGUUUGAUUGAGGUGCUGAAGGUUAUUGCGAAUGGGGGAAGUGGUGGGGAUAAUGGAAAGGAAGUGACCGUGACGGAGCAGCAGAAGGGAGACGUCAUGGCAUGCACGGGGCGGUUGUGGAAGGUGUGUGAGCAGCUGCUGUCGUUUGCAGAGGGAGGGCUUGCUGUGUUUGUGGUGGGGAAGGUGAGGCAGUACUUUGAGCUAGUUAGGGAUGGGAUAAGAGAGCUGGAGGAGUGGGAUCCGGAAGAGGAUGACGAUGAUGGUGAGGAUGAUCUGUUUUGGGAUUAUGAAGUGGCCCGCAAUAAUGGCGAUGAGCUUUGGUGUAAAGAGAAUAAGAUCUUCAGUAAGGGUUCAGGGACGGUGAAGGGGAAAGACAAAGCCAGCGGCCAAGGUAGCGAAGACGACACCACGUCCGCCAUCGCAAAACUCUUAUUUGAAAAGGCCCAUCUCCUCCGCCUCCUCAAUCCGAUCGCCCAGAUAUAUCCAGCUAUAAUUUCCCACCGCUUGAAACGGCAGAAUAUCUCGUCCUCCCCAACAUGCAGUGACCAGCAACAGAAACGUCAUCACAGCCUCUCCCUCUCCGCAACCCAAAUCUCCCAACUCGACCGCCUCCUCCAACAUUUAAGAGAACUGCCCAACCUUGUCGACGAAGCUGCUGGAUCCCUAUAUGAUCACGACAUCGACAAUGCGGUCAUGUAUACUAAUAAACUCUGCAAGUGUGCUUUUGCAGCUGCUGAAGUGGCGCGGAUGCCACUCAUUGGAAAUGGCAAUGACAAUGUACGGUGCAAAGAGAGUGGAGGAAAUGAUAAAGGAGAGGAGAAUGCGCCGGGUGAAGAAGAUAAGUUUCCGAAAUGGGCGGAUACGUGGAUGAGGGUUGUUGAGGAAAUUACGAGGUCAAAGGGGAAAGCGAAGGGAGUGGAGUCGUAG